UUUACAGUCGUGUGCCCAAGGUCAACAAGUAGUUGCAAGUAAAUUUAGCAAGAGCAAUCUCAGCAAAUGUUUUGUGCGUUCGUUCCAUGGCACGGGCACACAUCUCUUCGUGCUCGUAAUGUUGGCAAUAACAGAACGCUAAAUCCAGCAGCCUAAGCCGUCACUCCUGAGGGUUCACACUUGACUCAUCACCUUGGAAAUACAACAGCGCGCGCUUUGUGAUGUAGGGUGUUCAGUAACUGAAGAUGACGGUGACUUACUCCAGUAAGGUUGCCAAUGCUACCUUCUUCGGUUUCCAUAGAUUAUUGCUCCGUUGGAAAGGCAGUAUCUACAAACUUCUCUACCGAGAGUUUAUCGUUUUCGCUGUUUUGUACAGUCUGCUAAGCAUCGUCUACAGGCUCGUUCUUUCAGACGCGCAAAAACGAUACUUUGAAAAGUUGUCGCUAUAUUGUGAUAGAUAUGCGGAGCAAAUCCCGGUGACGUUCGUUCUGGGCUUCUAUGUGACGCUGGUGGUGAACCGCUGGUGGAACCAGUUUGUGAACCUGCCGUGGCCGGACCGGCUGAUGUACCUCAUCUCCAGCUGCGUGCACGGGCGCGACGAGCAGGGCCGCCUGCUGCGGCGGACGCUCAUGCGCUACGUCAACCUCACCUCCCUGCUCAUCUUCCGCUCCGUCAGCACCGCCGUCUGCAAGCGCUUCCCCACCAUGGACCACGUGGUGGAGGCAGGCUUCAUGACUGCAGAGGAGAGGAAGACCUUUGAAAACCUCAAGUCCCCUCACCUCAAGUACUGGGUGCCUGUGGUGUGGUUCACUAACCUGGCCUCCAAAGCCAGGAAGGAGGGUCGCAUCCAGGACAGUGUGGAUCUGCAGACCAUCCUCAAUGAAAUGAACCAUUUCAGGACGUGGUGCUCCACUCUGUUUGGCUAUGACUGGGUGGGGAUACCGCUGGUCUACACGCAGGUGGUGACUCUGGCCGUCUACACCUUCUUCUUCGCCUGCAUAAUCGGGCGCCAGUUCCUGGACCCCAAGCUGGGCUACCCGGGUCACGACCUGGACCUGUACGUGCCCGUCUUCACCCUGCUGCAGUUCUUCUUCUACUCCGGCUGGCUGAAGGUGGCAGAGCAGCUUAUUAACCCCUUUGGAGAGGACGACGAUGACUUUGAGGCCAACUGGUGCAUUGACAGAAAUCUGCAGGUGUCCCUGAUGGCGGUGGACGAGAUGCACAUGAACAUUCCGCGCAUGACCAAGGACAUCUACUGGAACGACUCCGACCUGCGGCCCCCGUACACCCUGGCAGCAGCCGACUACUGCAUCCCCUCUUUCCUGGGCUCUACCACCGACAUGGGGCUCUCGGAGGUCCUGCACAACGAGGAUGUGGAGUCACAUGACUUCCGGCACCGGCGGCAGGAGUCGGUUCUGGGCCGGGUGCGGCGGCUCCUGAGCGUGCAGGAAGUGCCGGACCUGGCCCGCUCCACCCGGCCCAACUUCAAGCGCCACAGCAGCGACGUCUCCAGCGUCUUCUUCCCCUACUGCCCCGAGGACCACAUCCACCCCAGGCCCCACCUCCUCCACCCCUCCCACGCCCCGCUGGACACCCUGGCCCCCGUGCGGGAGGUGAGCGUCACCCCCUCCACCUCGGACGUCCAGCCCGACUCGCCCGCCGUCGCCGGGGUCCCCGAGGUCGUGGUCACCCCCCCGCAACAGGCCCCCAACGGGCACAAGCUCGACCCCGGCACUGCCGCCAAACCCGCUCCAGCUCCAGUCCCAGCCCCUGAGCCCGCCCCAGAGCCCGCCCGGGACCGGAGCAGAGAGGCGUCCCCUGAACCGCUGGACCGCGGCGUCCGGGGGCAGACCGCCCCGCCGAGCCUCAGCCCGACCCAGACCGGGCCCCGCAAGUUCCGCUGGACCGUCCCCGGCGACCGGGGCAAGCUGCCGCGCCGCCACUUCUCCUGGCAGCCGUCCUGCGGCUCGCUGCAGGGCCUCCACAGCCCCAAGGGCCUGGUGCGGAAGAGAGGCCUCGCCGCAGCCUCCCGCUUUCCUGACGGGGCGCCCCACGCAGAGGACCAGCCGGCGGGGCUCCCGGAGACCGACAUCCUGGAGUCGCUCGGCAACCACCUGGCCAAAGAGGAGCCCUCCCAGACCUCCUAGCCUUAAUGCUAACGCUGCCAGCCCCGACCAUGUAGAAGUAGACUCGUUUUCAACUAUUUAAGAAAAAAGCGACCUGUCAUUUUUUUUUUAUUGUAUAUUUUUUCACUGUUCUAUUUUUCACUCUCUAUUCCAGCCUUACUGUAUCUCUCAGCCCUAAUCUUACCCUUGUUCCGACUGCUAUGUUUAUAGGAUGCGCACAUCUUACGGAUGUCCCACUUGUAAGAUGUGCGAUAAUAAAAUACAGUUUCACAACAUCCCAGUCUCUUUUAGUAAGAACUCAUUGCAGUAAUACUGUAAGAUAAUUCACUAAAACAGCCAAGUGACAAAAUUACUCUGCCACAAAUGAUUGCUUAUUAGCUCAAAUGUUAAAUGUCGAACUGUUUUUUUUUUUAAAAAAACAAUCAUUAAUAAAGUCUUGCUGAACAAGAAAAGGAUAGACACUGUCCAGCAAUUACAACCA